CGUGGGCGCCUCUGGUUGGUCGCCUUCCAUUCCAUCCUAAGCUCCUCUCCACAGACCACAGCUGCAGCCAGAGGCACCCACCUUAUCAUCAUCCUCGCCUCGCUUCAUCGCCAACACCAGCGCCUCCUUCUUCCCCGCCGCCGUCGACAUGGCUGCGCAAGAGGAGAAGACUGCUACUGCUGUCACCACAGAGGAGCCUGCACCGGCGGCGGAGCCUCAGCCUAAGCCAGCUGCGGCGGCGCGCAGGGCAGGGCCGUCGGCGUCGGCCAACCCCUUCGACUUCUCCACCAUGAUGAACCUUCUCAAUGACCCUAGCAUCAAGGAAAUGGCGGAGCAGAUCGCCAAGGACCCGGCGUUCACGGAGAUGGCGGAGCAGCUGCAGAAGACGGUGGUGUCCCCGCGGCAGCGGCAGCAGCAGCAGGCGGCUUCGGCGGCGGCGGCGGCGCAGCUGGACCCGCAGAAGUACGUGGCGACGAUGCAGCAGCUGAUGCAGAACCCGCAGUUCGUGGCCAUGGCGGAGCGGCUGGGCAGCGCGCUGAUGCAGGAUCCCGCCGUGUCCACCAUGCUGGGGGGCCUCACCAACCCGGCGCACAAGGAGCAGCUGGAGGCCCGCGUCGCGCGCAUGAAGGAUGAUCCCGACCUCAAGCCCAUCCUCGACGAGAUCGAGUCCGGCGGCCCCGCCGCCAUGAUGAAGUACUGGAACGACCCCGAGGCUCUGCAGAAGUUCGGCCGCGCGAUGGGUGUCGGCGGCGGCCCGUCCGGCGAGGCCGGCGGCGCGGAGCACGCCGAGGCGGAGGACGACGCCGGGGAGGAAGGCGAGUACGAGGACGAGUCCAUCGUCCACCACACGGCGAGCAUCGGCGACGUCGAGGGCCUGAAGAAAGCGCUGGAGGAUGGCGCGGACAAGGACGAGGAGGACUCGGAAGGGCGGCGUGGCCUCCACUUCGCUUGCGGCUACGGCGAGCUCCAGUGCGCGCAGGCACUCCUGGAGGCCGGCGCCGCGGUGGACGCCGUCGACAAGAACAAGAACACCGCGCUGCACUACGCCGCCGGAUACGGCCGCAAGGACUGCGUCGCGCUCCUGCUCGAGAGCGGCGCCGCCGUGACGCUGCAGAACCUGGACGGGAAGACGCCCAUCGACGUGGCCAAGCUCAACAACCAGGACGACGUCCUCAAGCUGCUGGAGAAGCACGCCUUCGUAUAGACUGUCUAGACGUACGCCGCCGGCCGGCUCCUGUCGUCGCCGCCGCCUCCACGUCGCUCUCCAUGCCAUGCUCUGUUGAUUUCUCUCCCUCCCCAUCCACCCCACCUUCAUCACCACUUAGUUGCGCAUUGGGUGUGUAUGUAUCGUCGGUCUCAGAUUUUGCUUGCGUGAUCACGGUGCAAUUAUAUAUUUUUAUAUUUAUUAUUAUCGAGAGGACUCCUCGUUCAUCAGGAGGUUUUCGUAAUGAAUAAGGAACAAAUUUCCAUUUCA